ACAAUGUUUUAGAUCAUAAGUCUAUAAAGCAAUCAAAACUAAACAGAAAAAAAAAUAAUAUAAACAAAUACUCUAAAGUUUCAUUUGUUUCUCCAAGAUCAAUUUGUUCCAAUUACAAUACAUGCAAAAAUCUCUCUCUGUUCACUCAUAAUUCACCUUUUCACCAAUUCCUCUGUUCUGGGACUCUGUUCUUAUCUUAUCUCCAUUCCAGGGAUUCUUGAAAAAAAUUGUGGGGUUGUUCUUGUUGUGAGUUUGGAGUGAUUGAACAUUGAAGAUGAGAAUCACUGUUUGUUCUCUACGCCAACUGAGACAUGUUUUUCAGAGACAACAACGUUGUGUUAUGAUCAAUAAUCUUGUUGCAGAAAAACCAUGUUAUUUUGAAAAGUGUUAUCAAAUUCAUAGUUCAGCUUAUAGAAUUCUUGAUCAAGCUGAGUCAAACAUAUUCAAGAACCAUCCGUUUAUUACAACAUUCACAAGAUCUGCAACAAGUGAUGCUUUGAAGAUUACAAAUAGAGAAACUAGCGGAAGUGGACCUCUUUUUGAGUAUGAACGAAGAAUUGCGAAUGGUGAAUUGGUAGAUGGUGAUAGUUGCCAGGUAGAGACAAUAACUGAACUUCAGAGACUCUAUGAUGAGCUUGUUGAGUCUGCCGAUGAAUGCCAAUUGGAUCGCAAUUCUGAAAAACCUGUAAGACACGGAUGGUUGUGGUCUCGUCUUUUGUCACAUCCUUCUCAUUCACCUGUAAAAGGUUUAUAUCUUUAUGGAGGAGUUGGCACUGGUAAAACUAUGCUGAUGGACCUGUUUUAUGAUCAAUUGCCCUCUAAUUGGAGGAAAAAGAGGAUUCAUUUUCAUGACUUCAUGUUGAAUGUACACAGCCUAUUACAAAAGCACAAGGGGCUGUCAGAUCCAUUGGAAGUUGUCGCAGGAGAGAUUUCUGGUGACGCAGUUUUAUUAUGUCUUGAUGAAUUCAUGGUAACGGAUGUUGCUGAUGCUUUGAUACUAAAUCGCCUAUUCAGACAUCUGUUCAGCAAAGGCAUUAUUCUAGUAUCCACUUCAAAUCGUGCUCCAGAUAAUCUAUACGAAGGUGGACUGCAGAGGGAUCUCUUUCUACCCUUCAUUGCGACAUUGAAGGACAGAUGCGUUUCACAUGAGAUUGGUUCAUCAACUGACUAUCGCAGACUGACUUCGGGUGGCCAAGGAUUCUAUUUGGUUGGCAGAGAUUUGUCUGUCUUUCUUAAGAAAAAGUUUCAAGAGUUGGUUGGAGAAGGAACAGCUACUCCCCAAGAAGUGGAAGUAGUAAUGGGAAGGACACUACAGGUAUGUGCUAAAAUUUAUAUUGCAGAGGCACGUACGGAACACAUAUCAGUGGUUUUUUUUUUACGGUGGAACACAUAUCACUGUUAUUAUCAAACUUUAGCUAUUUUUUGUUUUCUUCAUCAGGUUCCAUUGGGAGCUAAUGGAUGUGCCUAUUUUACUUUUGAGGAACUUUGUGACCAACCUCUCGGUGCUGCAGAUUAUUUUGGAUUAUUCAAAAAAUUUCAUACUUUAGCAUUGGAAGGCAUCCCAAUUUUUGGGCUUAGCAAUAAAGCAGCAGCACAUAGAUUUGUCACUUUGGUUGAUGUGAUAUAUGAGAACAAGGCCAGAUUAUUGUGUUCAGCUGAUGGGAGCCCUCUAGAUCUCUUUCAAAAAAUAGUAACAAUAUCUGAAGCUAAACAAUUGGCACCACGAACCUCUUCGAGGUCGAGGAAAAAUGAUGAGGCUGACCUUUGCGUUGACAAUGAACUAGGGUUCGCAAAAGACCGCACCAUUAGUAGACUGACAGAAAUAAACAGCAAAGAAUAUUUGGAGCAUCAUGCUGCCAUGUUAGCAGAAAAGAAAGAAAGUGUGGAUCAGAAUGUGGUUGAAGCUUGAAGAUAGGAUUCAAAAACAUGUAACAUUUUGAUUUUUACUAUUGUUGUACCAUAUAUAGGGAGUGGAAAAUGAGGUAAAGUGGUGAAUAAUGAUUGUAACACAAACAAUAAUUUGAAAUAAAAGAAAGGUCCAUUUGUAGACCAUUAGAUUUGA